GAGAGGGGCGCGGGGGGAGGCAGAGCGGGGCGGCGGGCGCGGGGCUGCAGGAGGAGGGCAGCGCUGAGUGGCGGCUGCGCCCGGGGACCCCCAGCAUAGAGGUGGCGGCGAUGGCGACGCUGUUGGAGCCCGACGUGCGGGGCCUCGGUGGCGGUGCCAACGGGGAGCGCUGCCCCACACCGACCCCCCCCGGCUCUCCGGGGGCGACGCACGACUGGUGCAGCAUCGCCCCGCUGACGCCUUCCCAGUCACCGAGGAGCGACGCGCGCGCGGCCCCCGCCUGGGCUGCGGUGGUGGCCAUCGACUUCGGCACCACGGCCAGCGGCUACGGCUUCGGCUUCUGCUGCGACCCCGAGGCCAUCCACGUCAUGAGGAAGUGGGAAGGCGGGGACCCAGGGGUGGCGGACCAGAAGACCCCCAGCUGCCUGCUGCUCACCCCCAGCGGCGCCUUCCACAGCUUCGGUUACGCCGCGCGCGAUGCCUUCCAUCGCCUGCAGCCCGAGGAGGCGCAGCAGUGGCUCUACUUCGAGAAGUUCAAGAUGAAGAUCCACGGCAGCAGCGACGUGAGCGUGAGGACGGAGCUGGAAGCCGCCAACGGCAGGAAGGUGGCGGCGCUCGAGGUGUUCGCCCAUGCGCUGCGCUUCUUCCGACAGCGCGCCGUGCAGGAGCUGAGGGAGCAGAGCCCGGAGCUGCCGGAGAGCGGCGCCAUCCGCUGGGUGCUGACCGUGCCUGCGGUGUGGAAACAGCCAGCAAAGAUGCUGAUGAGGGAGGCGGCGUAUAGGGCCGGCUUGGUGCCCCCCGAGCACCCCGAGCAGCUGCUGAUCGCUCUGGAGCCCGAAGCCGCCUCCAUCUACUGCAGGAAGCUGCGGCUGCACCAAGUGCUGGAGCUGGGCUGCACGGCCCCAAACAACGGGGCGGGGGGGGACGGCGCCAUCGAGGGCAGCUUCAGGAGGGCCCGAGAGCAGCUGCGGCGCUCCCGGCACAGCAGGACGUUCGUGGUGGAAGCGGGGAUGGGGGAGAUGUGGGCAGAACUGCGAGAAGGGGAUCGCUACGUCGUGGCGGAUUGCGGGGGGGGCAGCGUGGACCUGACCGUGCAUCAGAUCGAGCGGCCGCAGGGAACGCUGAAGGAGCUGUACAAGGCGUCGGGGGGUCCCUGCGGCGCCGUGGGGGUGGACGUGGCCUUCGAGCAGCUGCUGUGCCGCAUCUUCGGCGCGGAUUUCAUGGCCAGCUUUAAGGCUCAGCGCCCGGCAGCCUGGGUGGAUCUCAGCAUCGCCUUCGAGGCUCUCAAACGCGCGGCCGCCCCGUGGCGCUGCGCCCCCGUCAACAUCUCCCUGCCCUUCUCCUUCAUCGACUUCUACCGCAGGCACCGAGGGCACAGCGUGGAGACGGCGCUGCGCAGGAGCGACGUGAAGCUGGUGAAGUGGUCGUCGCAGGGGAUGCUGCGCAUGUCAGCAGAGGCCGUGUGCGAGCUGUUCCAGCCCACCGUCAGCAGCAUCGUCCAACACAUCGACGCCCUCCUGAAGCGUCCCGAAGUUCGGGGCGUGAAAUUCCUCUUCCUGGUUGGCGGCUUCGCCGAGUCGGCCGUGCUGCAGCGCGCCGUGCAGGCGGCGUUGGGCACCGCGUGCCGCGUGCUGAUCCCGCAAGACGCGGCGCUGAGCGUCCUGAAGGGCGCCGUCCUCUUCGGCCUCGACCCCACCGCGCUGCGCGUCCGCCGCUCCCCGCUCACCUACGGCGUCGGGGUGCUCAAUAAGUUCAUCGAAGGCAAACACCCGAGGGAGAAGCUGCUGCUGAAGGACGGCCGGCGGUGGUGCAGCGACGUCUUCGAGAAGUUCGUGUGCGCCGAGCAGUCGGUGGCGCCGGGGGAGGUGGUGCAGCGCAGUUAUUGCCCCGCGCGUUCCGGGCAGCGCAGAACCGUCAUCAACAUCUACAGCUGCGCCCGGGACGACGUGCUGUUCAUCACCGAGCCGGGGGUGAGGAAAUGCGGCACCGUCAGCCUGGAGCUGCCCGAGCUGGGGGGGGUCGGGGAGCGCAGGGAGAUCCGGGCCAGCAUGCAGUUCGGGGACGCGGAGAUCGAGGUGACGGCCGUGGAUGUGAGCAGCGCCAGGACCGUGAGCGCCACCAUCGACCUCGUGGCCGAAUGAAGGCGGUGGGGAGCGGGGAGGAGGCGGCGCGGGAUGCGGGGGGCGGCUGGGCGCCACUCGGUGCUCCUCGGUGGGGGCGCAGAGCGAGCGUGCGACCGUGCGGCCAACUGCUCUGCUGCUCCGCGUCUCCGGGACCCACAGCCUGCAGCCCCACGUCUCUGGGUUUCCUACCCUGCAGCCCCACAUCUCCAGGUUCCUGCAGCCCCACAUCUCUGGGUUCCACAUCCUGCAGCCCCACAUCUUCAGGUUUCCCACUCUGCAGCCCUACAUCUCCCGGUUCCAUACCUCGUAGCCCAUCUGUUCUGCAGCCCCACAUCUUCAGGUUUCCCACCCUACAACCCCACAUCUCCAGGUUCCACCCUGCAGCCCCACAUCUUCAGGUCUCCCACCCUGUAGCCCCACAUCUCCAGGUUCCACACUGCAGCCCUUUUGUUCUGCAGCCCCACAUCUCUUGAGUUCCAUACCCUACAACCCCACAUCUCCAGGUUCCACAUCCUGCAGCCCCACAUCUUCAGGUCUCCCACCCUACAGCCCCAUAUCUCUGGGUUCCACAUCCUGCAGCCCCCACAUCUCUGGGUUUCCCACCCUACAGCCCCACAUCUCUGGGUUUCCCACCCUACAGCCCCACAUCUCUGGGUUUCCCACCCUGCAGCCCCACAUCUCUGACUUCCAUACCCUACAGCCCCACAUCUCUGGGUUCCACAUCCUGCAGCCCCACAUCUCUGGGUUCUACACCUUGGUGCUCCAUACCUCUGAGUUCCACACCUCAUCAACCCCACAUCUCUGGGUUUCCCACCCUGCAGCCCCACAUCUCCAGGUUCCACACUGCAGCCCAUUUGUUCUGCAGCCCCACAUCUCCAGGUUUCCCACCCUGCAGCCCCACAUCUCCAUUGGGCUGAAGGCAGCUGAGCCCCAUCGCGUGUCCAGCUGACAUUUAUUAUUUACUUUCCUCGAGCUCCUUGUUUCGUCCCACACCCCCACAGCUGUAUAUAUAUAUAUAUAUCUAUAUAUUUAU